CACACAUUCAGUGUGAACGUGAGAGACAAAGGAUAAACCAUCAGUUUGCAUCCACUACCAACUUAACAGCAACAUGUUUCUGUUGAAUAUUUGCCUCUAUGCCAGCUUCGUGCUGUCCCUCCCUCAGUGUACGUAUCAAUCAUGCGUACAGGGGACACCCAGACAGUGCCUGGAUGCAGAAUUUGCUCCAGGUACCAAUUUGGCUGGUGAAGGCUUCGAUAUCACCAAAAUGGAACGUAAAGGAGCCUUUGUGCUCGACAUGAAUAAGUGGAAACACAAGGAUAAAACGUGCACCCUUUGUAGCAACCCCUAUCUGGAAAACAAAAAGCAAAAGCUCCCCUUGUCAGUGGUGGACUGGAGACCAAAGCAGUCCUGCAGCAUGAAAGUGGCCAGUACACUUCACCGAUCCAGUGAGUCUCUGGUCAGUUCCAGCACCUCUUCUGUUGCAAAUAACUGGCAGACCAAUCUAGAUCUUAAAGUAGGAAGUAAAGGCGCCUCAUUGAUGCUAGCUGGUACCCAUUCUAAACUAGCUGAUUACUCCAUGGAAAAAACAAAGAAUGACAAGUUCAGCUUCACAAGCCACAGCAUGUCCUGUGAGUUUUACAGCUAUAGAGUGUCCGGCACUUCCAAGCUACACAGAGAAUUUCAAAAAGCAGUGAAACAACUCCCAAAAAUCUACAGCCCUGAAUACAAGCAACAAUUUUAUAAACUGAUUGACAACUUUGGCACCCAUUAUGUUACCAAGGUGAAAUUGGGAGGAAGUGUUCUAUCUGUGACCAGCGUCAGGCAGUGCCAGGCCAACCUGCAGGGCCUCAGCCUGGAGGAGGUAGAAAUGUGCCUGCGAGUUGAGGCGUCCGCCAGCAUUAAAGUUUCAAUAAAAACUCAAACAGAACACUGUAAGAAGGACAUUGAGAAGACGGACAGGAAGUCAGCCUUCUCCAGCCUCUUCAACGACAGGUUCACAGAAAUAAAAGGGGGUUAUACCACAGAGCCAGACCUUCUUUUCUCUGCUGACAAAGAUCCAGCAGCCUACAAAGAAUGGCUGAACUCACUAUCACAGAACCCAGACAUAGUCUCAUAUUCCCUGGACUCGCUUCACGAAUUACUGCCUACUAACACCACUGUCCGUAAGAACCUGCGCUCAGCCAUCAGCCAUUAUAUCCUGGAGAAAGGCCUGUGGAAGAACUGCACUGACCGCUGUCAGGCCGGCAUCAAGAGCGACCCAAGGGAUACCUGUGUCUGCCAAUGCCACAAUAACCCUGCUGUAAACCAAGAUUGCUGCCCGACCCGUAAGGGCAUGGCACAGGUCAUCAUAACUGUACAGCGGGCUUCUGGUCUUUGGGGAGACUACUUUACAUCCACGGAUGGCUACGUGAAGGUGUCCUUCAACGGGCAGAUGGUCCGACGCUCUCCUGUCAUUCACAACAACAACAACCCACACUGGGCCAUGGUCGUCGACCUAGGCCCCCAGGAUUUGUCAGCGGGAAGUAAAGUGAGAUUUGAAGUGUGGGAUAAGGACAACAACUGGGACGACGACCUGUUGGGAAAAUGUGAGCAGGACCUCUCUGCUGGAGUCAAGCAGGAUCUCUGUAACCUGCAACAUGGCCAACUAUUCUACAAAUUGGAGGUGAAAUGUGCUCCGAGUCUAGGCGGAGAUUUAUGCAAGGACUAUAAACCUUCGCCAAUGAGUCAAAGUCUGAAGAGGCUGUAUGUGUCCCGUCAUGCACAUCCUGUUCCAAAGGCCAUCCUCUUAGAGAUGGGUGUGUUUGUGGAUGAAACAAGCUCACAGAAAAACCUGAGUCUUACUGCCCAGACUCAAAAGUUUGAUAUGAUAUAACAGCCAUGCUUGGCUUUACUGGUGCUUAUAUUCAAGGUGUUAGCAAUUCUUUUUAGUGUAUUGACGUGUUUAAUCUAAGCAAAAGGCAUCAUCCAUAACUGUCAUCCCUUAUUAAAUCUCUACUGAUCAAUAAAGAUGAGAGGUACAUCAGUUAGGGAAGAAUUGACGAAAUGUUGAGAAAGUGGCUGAAACUCAAC